GUGCACUGGAUGCUUUCCCAAAGCGGCAAAUUCAAAGUACUACUACAAAAAGCUAAAUAAGAUUUAUUGCAACGAAAAUAAUUAUGAAUACAUGUAUGUGUAAAUAGUGUUUUAUUUAUAAACGUUUUUUAGUUGUAUUUAGUGUUUCGUUUAUAUUUUGGGAUAGGCAAUUCAAAUAGCAAGAAAACAAACAUUAACCUACAACAAUGCCCAUGUGAAUUUCAAUCACACAUGCGAUACAGAUGACCGAAGAAUAACAAAAAAAUUUAGAAAGUUUACUCAAAAUAAAUAAAUAACAAUUGGACGCAAUGAAAAGUGGUAGCUUAAAAACAGGAACAGUAAAGAUUAAAAAGCAAAAGAACAUAUUAUUGCAAAAUGGAAAAUUUAAAAAGAAGAAACCUAAAGCUCAUCAAGGAUUAAAAGUAUUACAUACAGUCUGUGAGAAUGGAGAUGUAGGUACUUAUUUUGCAAAGAAAACUGUUAAGAGUCCACUGUAUGAGAUGCUUCAACAGAGUAGUACAAAAACUUUACAACAAGAACCUUCUAUUGACAAUUUCAUUCCAAACUUGGAAGAAAAUGACUGUUCAAUACAUUAUCCUGACUAUAAAGUACCAAUGCCAGAAAUAGAUGAUUAUGAAGAUGUCAUUUCUGAACUUGGGUCAUCAGACCUUGGUUCCUUAGUAGAAACAGAAUCUGAAGAGGAUUCAGAACCCAUCUUUGUGAAGCAAAAAGUUGGAGAAUAUCAACUAUAUCAAGUACCAACUGGAGCUGUUAUCCUGUUGUAUGGAAAUUCAAAACUCUUUAUACAUGGUGUAAUGAGAGUCACUGUGUUGUAUGGAGCAGCAGAUAUUUUUGGCAAACAGCUGGAUAAAAUGAGCCCACCAUCCAUGGUUUACUCACCAAAGGGUUCAGCUUUAUUAACAAUUGAAAACUUAAACAUCAGAGAGAAAACAGAUGACCACAGCAGAAAAGUGAUGAAGAAGUGUUUAAUAAAGCUUGGUAUUGAUGCAGGAGUAUGCAGAGAUGUGGCACUGUUCAAAUUGAAGCCAACAACUGUAGUGCUCCACUGCGAAAAUGUCAUUGACAAAGCAACCGAAUUUUUAGAGUCGAAUCUUGCACAACACCUCUAUCCUAAAUUACUUAAUAGUUUACGGUGCCAUUUUAAAAAUGUCACUAGCCAGGACUGGAACAUUCUGCAGGUGAAUGAAGAAUGGGCACAGUUGUUCAAUCUGAUGAAUAUUGAGAAUUUAAAUGAAGAAAAUCACACUAGGCUUAUGCUCUGUGGAGGAAAAGGCGUAGGGAAAUCAACACUGCUUAGAUAUUUAGUAAAUAAGUUAUUAAAUGUCAGGAAAGAAGUGUAUGUCAUGGAUUUAGAUCCGGGUCAGCCGGAAUUCACUGUUCCCGGGGCGAUUAGUAUAAUUAAAGUAACUUCUGCACUCUUGGGACCUAAUUACACACAUUUACAAGAGGCUGAAAAGACGAUUUUUGUACCGAGUAUAAAUGUCUCCGCCGAUUAUGAGAGUUACCUUGACGCCGUGCGGAAACUCAUUGCACAUUUACCACAAUCUGUACCAGUUGUUGUGAAUUAUAUGGGUUUUACGAAAGGCAUUGGACUGUUUCUUACAUCGAUGAUUUUGGGCCUUUUGAAGGCCGACGUCGUCGUUCAGAUUGAGAGCCAAAAUGAAAAUAGAAACUUCAAUGUGGAUCUUACACCAGAUGCGGUGCGACAGCAGUUACUGGCGAGUAGCAGUAAUGAGAAAAUGACAUUGAAAGAAUACAAGUUGGUAAAGCUGGAUUCAGUCGCGAAUGGGAAUCAGGCGAAUGUUGGAUGGGAGUUGGAACCGCGUCAAGUGCGCGAGAUGUGCAUCUUGGCGUAUAUGAGUGGAAUCCUCCCACCACAGUGUAAAUACUUGACUGAGAAGGAUAUUCGGGUUUAUCAAACGUCUUUGGAUGUAGUAACUGUGCUUUACAAUGGCAAAGUCUGUGAUCCAUCAGCUGCCAAUGCUAACAUUGUCGCAUUGUGUACUGAAGAUAGUCAAACUUGUGUUGGUUGGGGAAUUGUUCGGGGUAUUUGUAAACUGAGUAAUUCCAUGCUAUUGCUGACUCCAGUCAGCAGUGAACAGUUGGAAAUGGUCAAAUAUGUUAUUGUAGGCAGUGUUACGCUGCCGCCCUCGAUUUACUUGCGUCAUCAUGAUGCUAUUCGAGGAUUAGUUCCUUUUACUUUUAUGGGUGAGUUGACCAAUUUUGCGAGGACCCCGAAAAGGAAUAUUUUGCAUAAACAGCGCACACCUGUAAAGUAAAUAAAUCGAAUAAAUGACUAUAAUUAAUUAUAAAA